CUUCAUGUCUUAAUGAUCUUUUGGUCAUUUGUUGCUGGAGUUGUCACAUUCUACUGCUCACUAGGUCCUGAUUCUCUCUUACCAAAUAUAUUCUUCACAAUAAAAUACAAACCCAAGCAAUUAGGACUCCAGGAAUUAUUUCCUCAAGGCCAUAGCUGUGCUGUUUGUGGUAAAGUGAAAUGUAAACGCCAUAGGCCUUCCUUACUACUUGAAAACUACCAGCCAUGGUUAGACCUGAAAAUUUCUUCCAAGGUUGAUGCAUCUCUCUCAGAGGUUCUUGAAUUAGUGUUGGAAAACUUUGUUUAUCCAUGGUACAGGGAUGUGACAGAUGAUGAGUCCUUUGUUGAUGAACUGAGAAUAACAUUACGAUUUUUUGCAUCUGUUUUAAUACGAAGGAUUCACAAGGUGGAUAUUCCAUCUAUUAUAACCAAGAAAUUAUUAAAAGCAGCAAUGAAGCAUAUAGAAGUGAUAGUUAAAGCCAGACAGAAAGUAAAAAAUACGGAGUUUUUACAGCAAGCAGCUUUAGAAGAAUACGGUCCAGAGCUUCAUGUGGCUUUAAGAAGUCGAAGAGAUGAAUUACAAUACUUAAGGAAGCUUACUGAGUUACUUUUUCCUUAUAUCUUGCCUCCAAAAGCAACAGACUGCAGGUCCCUGACCUUACUUAUAAGAGAGAUUCUCUCUGGUUCUGUGUUCCUUCCUUCUUUGGAUUUUUUAGCAGAUCCAGAUACUGUGAAUCAUUUGCUUAUCAUCUUCAUAGAUGACAGUCCACCUGAAAAAGCAACUGAACCAGCUUCACCUUUGGUUCCAUUCUUGCAGAAAUUUGCAGAACCCAGAAAUAAAAAACCAUCUGUACUGAAGUUAGAAUUGAAGCAAAUCAGAGAACAACAAGAUCUUUUAUUUCGUUUUAUGAACUUCCUGAAGCAAGAAGGAGCAGUGCAUGUGUUGCAGUUUUGUCUGACUGUUGAGGAAUUUAAUGAUAGAAUUUUGCGACCAGAGUUAUCAAAUGAUGAAAUGCUCUCUCUUCAUGAAGAGUUGCAGAAGAUUUAUAAAACAUAUUGUUUGGAUGAAAGUAUUGAUAAAAUUAGAUUUGAUCCUUUUAUCGUAGAAGAAAUUCAAAGAAUUGCGGAAGGCCCAUACAUAGAUGUUGUGAAACUUCAGACUAUGAGGUGUCUUUUUGAAGCAUAUGAACAUGUUCUUUCUCUCUUGGAGAAUGUGUUUACUCCUAUGUUCUGCCACAGUGAUGAGUAUUUCAGACAACUCCUAAGAGGUGCAGAAUCACCAACACGCAAUUCAAAAUUCAACAGAGGUAGCCUAAGUUUGGAUGAUUUUCGAAGCACACAGAAGAGAGGAGAAUCAUUUGGAAUUAGCAGAAUAGGUAGCAAAAUUAAAGGAGUAUUCAAGAGUACCACAAUGGAGGGAGCUAUGUUGCCUAAUUAUGGUUUGGCUGAAGGUGAAGAUGACUUUAUUGAAGAAGGUAUUGUUGUAAUGGAAGACGAUUCUCCAGUAGAAGCUGUUAGUACGCCUAAUACUCCCCGAAACCUUGCUGCCUGGAAAAUCAGCAUUCCUUAUGUAGACUUUUUUGAGGAUCCCUCCUCCGAAAGGAAGGAGAAGAAGGAGAGAAUUCCUGUGUUUUGUAUUGAUGUUGAAAGAAAUGACAGACGAGUAGUUGGGCAUGAGCCUGAACAUUGGUCUGUCUAUAGAAGAUACCUUGAAUUCUAUGUUCUUGAAUCAAAACUAACAGAAUUUCAUGGCACAUUUCCUGAUGCCCAGCUUCCCUCCAAGAGGAUUAUUGGACCUAAAAAUUAUGAAUUCUUAAAGUCAAAGAGAGAAGAGUUUCAGGAAUAUCUACAGAAACUUCUACAGCAUCCAGAACUGAGUAAUAGUCAACUUCUAGCAGACUUUCUCUCUCCCAAUGGUGGAGAAACACAGUUUCUUGAUAAGAUACUACCAGAUGUAAAUCUUGGGAAAAUUAUAAAGUCUGUUCCCGGAAAACUAAUGAAAGAGAAAGGUCAACAUUUGGAACCUUUCAUCAUGAAUUUCAUUAAUUCCUGUGAAUCUCCAAAGCCUAAACCAAGUAGACCAGAACUGACCAUUCUCAGUCCUACUUCAGAAAACAACAAAAAGCUUUUCAAUGACCUGUUUAAGAAUAAUGCAAACCGUGCUGAGAACACAGAGAGGAAGCAAAAUCAGAACUAUUUUAUGGAGGUGAUGACUAUAGAAGGAGUCUAUGAUUAUCUGAUGUAUGUAGGACGGGUAGUUUUCCAAGUUCCUGACUGGCUUCAUCAUCUUCUAAUGGGAACUCGAAUCCUCUUUAAAAACACCCUGGAAAUGUACACUGACUACUAUCUUCAGUGUAAACUAGAGCAGCUAUUUCAAGAGCACCGUUUAGUUUCACUCAUAACACUUCUCAGAGAUGCUAUAUUCUGUGAAAAUACUGAACCUCGCUCUCCCCAAGAUAAGCAAAAAGGUGCAAAACAGACUUUUGAAGAAAUGAUGAAUUACAUUCCAGAUCUGAUAGUCAAGUGCAUUGGUGAAGAAACCAAGUAUGAAAGCAUCAGACUUCUCUUUGAUGGCCUACAGCAGCCAGUACUCAAUAAACAGCUGACCUAUGUUUUGUUGGACAUUGUGAUACAAGAACUUUUUCCAGAGCUCAAUAAGGUACAAAAGGAAGUUGCCUCUGUAACAUCCUGGAUGUAAACAUUUGGAUUUCGGGUAGAAUCAAUGUUACUGCUAUACUGAUGUAAUCAAACUGUACUUUUUUCUUUCACUUUUGUAUAUUUUUGUAUAUAUCAUGUACUUCAGUGUCUGAACGAUUGUUUUUUGUUUUAAUAAAGACCUAAUUGAAAUACAAUAAUAAUUAAAAGUGAUUGGGUUUUAUAGCUUUUCAUUUUACACCAGCUGUUAACUAGAAUUUAUAUCACUUACUGCAAUUUGUAAAAUAGACAAUUCCUAAUCUCUUGAGGGCAAUAAUCUUUGUCUUGUAUCAAAGAAGCAAUUUUCUUUAGUGUAGAAAAAUAGGAGUAACAUUAGACACUUGCUUUCUAAUUUAGUGUUCCUACCUUUCUAAAGAUUUGUUCUUUUUUCCUUCAUAAUCGUACAUAGUAAACUGUUUGUCUAUAAAUAAAGCAUCUAUACCUUUU